AGUCAGGGAAGUGAGCAGGUGGUGGUGGGAGGCGGCACGGGCGGCUCUCCUACAAUAGUAUUUUAUUAAUUUAUUUAUAUAUAUAUACACAUACACAUACACAAGAAUGUACAAUGGGUUGUGUUAAAAUGCAGCGACAUCUGUGGUAUUUGGGCCUUCUAUGUCUAAUACAUGUGGUAGCUUGUAAUAAUGCUGAAGAUUUGGAUGAUGAUCUUAUAAAUUAUAACCUUGAUCGUCUGUAUGAAGAACCAGCAGAUAACGUUGACCCACAUGAUAUGCUAGCCUAUCCUGGCCAAAAAAGAGAUCCCAGCAUAGACAUCAAAGAUGGAGGAGUGUUUGGUUCAGAACGCCGGACACGCAAAGAUGUUAAAGAUACAGAAAGUUGGAAUUCAGAUGAUCAGUUAAUGCGUGCACAAGAACAACUUAAUACUUGCCAGGGGCUGGUAUCUAAACUGGAACAUGAUAUUCAGGCUGAACAACAAAAAUCAGCAGUUCUUCAGAAAAAGUUGAUGAACGAAGGAUUCAUAGACAUGAGCGCCUUCUACACCCGACUGAUACACCACUUAUGGAAUACACUUCACCUUGAGGAGGUAGAACAUAUCCUGAAGGAUGGGAACGCUGCUAUGAUCAGACAUUUGAUGGUACGAGUAACCAAAGAUGAUGUAGAUGGUCUGCAACAAUACCUUCAACACCAAACUAAUGUGCAUAAGGUUGAUGAAUUUUUUCAACAUGCUUUCAAAUUAGAGGAACCUCCGGUGGAAGAUGCAUUUAAUUUCAUUCAGUCAUUUAUAGCAACGACAAUAUCAGUUGUUGAAGUAGGAAAAAAUGUUGAGACUUGGUUAUACAUUCUCUCCUUUGGAUUCCUUGUUUUGGCCUUGUGGGCAAUAUUUCUAUUUAUUCAAGACAUACAACAGGAACUGAAGUGGGGAAGAGUCUUGUGUAUGAUGGCUGUUAUUGUGUUUUUCAUCUGCUGUUUGUGGCAGUGGAGACAUAUGCAUAAGGUUGCAGAGUCGCGUCGCCAUGCUCAAAUGGUGAAAAGAGGGUUUGGGUUUGACAACAUCCCAGAAGAAUGUAAGCCUGGAAACAAAGGGACUGCACACAGUGUAAUAGAAUGGCUUAAAAUCACUGUUUUUGGAUCACCAGACGUUUGUGAAAGAUACUUUGAGGAGAUAAUGGUGGACCCAACACAAGAGAUAACCCCAGCCAUGGUUAUUGCAGAGACGCUUGCAAAAUUCUUCCUCCAGCCUUUACAACAUGUAGGAUCAGAGAGCGCCAAAUCAAUAACAAACUUCUACAGUAAUGUUCCAGUGCUGUAUCAUGUUCCAGCCACAAUACUUUUUGUGGUCAUGCUUGUUAUAAUAUUGUUUUAUGCAUCUGGGUAUGGCAUUGACUUUCCAUUGUGGAUGGGUGGAAUACGUCCAGUCUACAGAAGUGAAUCAUCAAAUACCUCGGAAGUAGAUAAGAUAACAAAAGAGGCUAUUGCACAGCUGAAACAUGAUCGACAAAUUUUCCUGGAAGAAUCUCGCUCCAUGUUAACAGACAUCACAAGAGCAGCUGUAGCCACACAAAAUCAGAUUGAUGUUCGGCCAUUAAUAUUAACAUCAUCUACCAUAAUGGAAAGUGAGCUAGAGCGCCUUAUUUCCCACAAGUUGGCUAGCAUCAUACAACAGAAAGCCAUUACUGAUAUAGAUUCAGCACAACCUCUUGCUGGAAAUCAUGAAACACCUGAACACAAUUCAAACAUUUUUACCAUGACUUCAACUCCAGUGGGAAAAAGUAUUACACAUAAGGACAAUAUGGAAGAUGAGGUAUGUUUGGAAGAGAUAACAAGAAACCAAAACCAACAAUCAAGAGCUAUGGGAGUUUCUACUGAUGCUGUCCACUACCGAAUGACAGGCACUCGCAGGAAGAAAGUUUUGCCAUCUAGGAAUGAAAUGGAUAGCAGGACCAACCCAGAUCCUUAUGAAGCUAGGCAUAAUGUUAGUCUUGACAGACCAGCUGAUAGGAACGAGGAACAACAGUUCUCCAGCAAUGUUAGUGUAAGGAAAAAAACAAACACUGCCAGCUCACUAGAAAGUCAUGCAAACCAAGAGUGUACAGAUAUUUCCCAGAUGAAUUCAUCAAAUGAAUCUGUUGAAUUUGACAAUAACACACAGAAAUCUGAAGAGUUCUUCAGUCAAGUAAAAAGCAUCUUGGAAGAGUCUGUAAAUUCAAGUUUAAAUGACAGUAAUGCAUUUCCUGAUACUGGCAGUGCUAAAAAUAUAAGACGACGACAUAAUAAAACUCUUAAUAUUAGCCAAGAAGAAAGUCGGAAAGAAUACCUUGAAGAAGUAGAACACGGUGAAUCUAGUACUGACUUUCUUAAAACUGUCAGAGAUGUUAUGACUCCUGAAGCUGAUCUCAAGUGAAAUGUUAGUACUGUACCUGUAUUUCAUUGCUGAAAAAUAUUUUAAUUAAUGAUUGUAUUUAAAAUGAAAAUGUGUUCUUUGGGUUCAUAAAAUAAAUUAAAUUGUCUUUCAUAUUAUUGUGUUCACACAGUUUAGUUUUGAUAACCAAAAAUAAUUUUGGAAUACGUUGUACAUGUGUAUUAUCAUUGUACUACUGCAUUAACAUAGUGUGACUUUAUGAAAUGUUAUUGUUCAUUAAAAUGUGUUCAAAAAAUGAAUCUGUACUUGCAUCAUCUUACCAUUAGUACAUUAGACGUGACAGCACAAUAUAUAUCUUUCUCAAAUUAACUUUAGUAAUUUAGUCCUAAAUUCUUAAUUAGCUACUCAUUUGACUUGUAUUUCUCCUGCAUAAUCAGUUGUUUACCUAUUGUAUCUUUUUCAGAAGGAUAACUGUUACAUGUACACAUUUUACAGCUGAGGACUAUCCAUAGAACUGUCUAACUGUCAAAUAUUUGUUUGACAAUAUUUUUUCUUCACACGUGUCUGAAGUCUAAACAUAAAAAUUGGUUCAUUCUGUCUCACUUGUAUUGCACCUGAUAAGGUUCUUUCAAUAUCUUUUCAUGUCUUUCAUAAUUUUCCUAGCCCCCUCCCACCAUUUUCAUAGAUGGCACACGAAUAUUAUUCAUGUCCAUCCUGUUUUUUUUUUUUAGUAUAUUAUGUUUUCAAAAGUAUGUACAUUGUCAUUGCUUCAGGCAGUUAUAUGUUUCCUGUGGAUAGCCAUCAUACUGGGAAACAUUACUCCAUUGUAAAUGUGAUACCUUGAGAAAAACCAUGAUAGACAAUAUCUCCAGUUCUGUAUAUUGUUUUGAAAUUGUUGCCGGGAAACCUGUUUUUGUAUAUUUGUGACAGUUGUACAGAUUUCAUUAUUAAUGUAAUCAAAAUACAUGUAACUUGUGA